UCCUUCUUACACGUCACGUCAUUUAACCUGGAAACUGGCGGGUGAUUUUGAAUCAGUUUACAAGGGAACCGGGAUUCUGUGGGUCACAGCUGGGUUUAUUUGAUUGUGUUUAGUGCAAAAUGGACUGUUUAAACGUACCGAGGAUUCUGCCAAAUUCUCCAAGAAAAAUACGGGGUCAGAUUCAGGUCAUUUUCGGACCAAUGUUCUCAGGAAAAAGUACCGAGCUAAUGAGGAGAGUUCGGCGCUUUCAGAUCGCCCAAUACAGCUGCCUAGUGAUCAAAUAUGCCAAAGACAUUCGUUACUCUAACAUGGGCAUGGCCACACAUGACAAAAAUACAAUGGAAGCCGUGCCAGCUAACUGUCUGCGAGAUGUCUGGAAUUGUGCCCUACAGGCCUCCGUCAUUGGCAUUGAUGAAGGCCAGUUUUUUCCAGACACUGUUGAAUUCUGUGAGACCAUGGCAAACAUGGGGAAGACUGUCAUUGUCGCAGCACUUGAUGGCACCUUUCAGAGGAAGCCCUUUGGCAACAUACUAAACCUGAUCCCUUUAGCCGAGAGUGUGGUGAAGCUAAAUGCAGUCUGUAUGCAGUGCUUUAAAGAGGCGUCUUACACCAAGAGACUUGGAGCAGAGCAAGAGGUGGAGGUAAUUGGAGGAGCUGAUAAAUACCAAGCAGUGUGCAGGGCAUGUUAUGGAGGCCUGAUGGAGAAUAAAGAGAACUGCGACCCCCAGAGGGAUGAGACGCCGCCGCACGUUCCGAAGGGGAAGCAGGUGGACUACAGUGCUUCACGCAAGCUUUAUGCUUCCCUUCACCUAUGAACACACGUACACUAGUGUAUAAACUAAUUUAAAUAAUGAAAUGGUUGCUAUACAAGUUACAGGAGUGAGCGAUCUACAGUGCUCAGAGUGCUCUAGAAGAACUGUUUGUUUUAAAAACGUUGUCUUUGUCUGUUUUAAUAAAAUGUCACUGAAUGUGACACAAAUUUU